AUGACCUUUAUUACAAUCAUUUUCGUUCUAACUACAUUUUCCACGUCGUUAAUUAAUUGUAUCAGAGCGAUUUACAAUGGCGACGAGACAGAAAUUCAACAAGUCCCCUUCACAGUUUUCAUCAAAAUCAAACCGUUUCCCGAGAGUGUCGUGAAAAUUUGUGGCGGCGUCAUUUUAGAUGCGAAAACUGUUUUGACAGCAGCGCAUUGUGUCAAUAGCUCUGAAGGAAUUCAAAUAGUAGCUGGAAGCGCAAAUCCCUUAACAGAUAAAAAUGUUCAACGACGAGUUCCUGCUGAGAUAAUUCUUCAUCCGAAAUACGAUUAUGACUCUUACAGAAACACGACGUUGUUUGAUUUUGCUUUGGUCAAACUCGGAACUCCUUUGAGCUUCAAUCGGAAAGUUCAGGCAGCGAAAUUGCCGAGACAUGAAGAUGUUCCAAUAGGAAUUAUGGCUCAAGUUUGUGGUUGGGGCAGCAAAAAUGAAGAACCAGUAGUUUCCCCAACACUUUUAUGUACUUCAGCGCAUAUCUUGAACAAUUCGUACUGCGAUGUGCUACAGAAAAAAAUCCAUCUAAGACCUGAGAUGAUUUGUACCGCAAGAAGUUCCUGCCAAGGUGACUCAGGAUCUGGAUUGAUUCAUCACGGGACAGUUUUAGGCAUUGUCUCGUUUACGCUCGGACCAUGCAAUUACGCAGCGCCGCCAGUUGUGCAUGGAAAAGUUUCAGAAAUUCUUGAUUUUAUUAAGAAUAAUACGGCGUUAAUUAAUCAGGAGCUGAUGCCCGAAUAUGAAACCCGAUGCUCUGAACUUGGACUGCAACAACUAAGGAGGAAAGUUGCCAGCAUGAUGACUGCAUAUGAUAUCCUGUUGGGCAGAUUGAAUAAUGACUAUCUGAAGACUAUCUGA